AUUUUUAGUGAGAUGGGAUGGGACUCCAUCUCAAAAAAGAUAGCAAACACUCUUUUCAAACUGUGUCAUCAUCGUCGUCUUUACUCCCCCCAAUCCAGUAGCCAAACUCAUUUUUAAUUCCUAUCAGAUCCCCAAACCCCCUUCCCUCCCUAUAUUACACUAUUUUAUAUUUAUAUUUAUAUAAUUAUUAUUAUAUCUAUAUCUAUAUUUGACACACUUUCAUCAACGAAAUAUCCACCGUUAUUCACUCUUCACAAAAUGGCCGCCGAAUCUAUUGACCAACCCGCCGCCACAAUUGACUGCAAUCAACUCGUCGCCAAAUCCCUAUCACGCGCCGGCAUCACUCACAUGUUCGGCGUGGUCGGGAUCCCGGUCACAUCGUUAGCUAACCGCGCCGUCGCUCUCGGCAUCCGUUUCAUCGCUUUCCACAACGAACAAUCCGCCGGUUACGCCGCCUCAGCUUACGGUUACCUCACCGGCCGUCCCGGCAUCCUUCUCACUGUAUCCGGACCCGGCUGCGUUCACGGCCUCGCCGGACUUUCUAACGCCGCCGCCAACGCCUGGCCGAUGGUCAUGAUCUCCGGUUCUUGUAAUCAACAAGAUUUCGGCCGUGGCGAUUUUCAGGAGCUUGAUCAGAUUGAAGCGGUAAAACCAUUUGUUAAAUUUUCUGUUAAAGUUAGAGAUAUUAAAGAUGUAUGUAAAGGUGUGUUUGAUUGUUUGGAUUGGUCCGGGUCGGGUCGACCCGGUGGGUGUUAUUUAGAUAUCCCUUCUGAUGUACUGCAUCAGAGUAUGACUGAGUUAGAAGCUGAUAAGUUGUUAAAUGAUAUUGAAAAUAAUCGAAAAGUCGAGAAUGAUAAGUUAGUAAAUGUAGUGUCGAAAGAGGGUAUAGAAAAGGCGAUUUCUUUGAUUAGGAAAGCUGAAAGGCCGUUAAUUGUGUUUGGGAAAGGGGCGGCGAUAGCUAAGGCGGAAAAUGAGGUUAAGGAUUUAGUUGUGAAGACGGGGAUUCCGUUUUUGCCUACCCCGAUGGGUAAGGGGUUGUUGCCGGAUACGCACGAGCUAGCGGCUACGGCUGCGAGGUCAUUGGCGAUCGGGAAAUGUGACGUAGCGGUGGUGAUUGGUGCGAGGUUGAAUUGGUUGUUGCAUUUUGGUGAGCCGCCAAAGUGGUCCAAGGAUGUUAAGUUUAUUUUGAUUGAUAUUGAUGAGGGAGAGAUUGAGUUGAGAAAGCCGUGUUUGGGGUUGGUUGGGGAUGCGAAAAUGGUUUUGAAAGCGUUGAAUAAGGAGAUUAAGGAUGAUCCGUUUUGUUUGGGAAGGACGCAUCCGUGGGUUGAGGCGAUUACGAAUAAGGCAAAAGAUAAUGUGGCGAAGAUGGAGGGUCUGCUGGCGAAGGAUGUUGUGCCGUUUAAUUUUUUGACACCGAUGAGGAUUAUUAGAGAUGCAAUUAUUGGGUUGGGUAGUCCUGCUCCUAUACUGGUCUCAGAAGGGGCUAAUACCAUGGAUGUUGGUCGGUCUGUUUUGGUUCAGAUGGAGCCGAGGACUAGGUUGGACGCUGGGACAUGGGGGACAAUGGGUGUUGGUUUAGGUUAUUGUAUUGCUGCAGCCGUGGCAUCACCUGAUCGACUUGUGGUUGCUGUUGAAGGUGACUCUGGGUUCGGGUUUAGUGCCAUGGAAGUCGAGACUUUGGUUCGUUAUCAGUUGCCUGUUGUGGUGAUAGUGUUCAACAAUGGGGGCGUAUAUGGUGGUGACCGAAGAAACCCUGAAGACAUCACUGGCCCAUACAAAGAUGAUCCGGCACCCACUUCAUUUGUCCCUGGUGCGGCAUACCAUGUUCUAAUAGAAGCUUUUGGUGGUAAAGGUUAUCUUGUUGGGACUCCCGAUGAGCUUAAAUCUGCUCUCACCGAAUCUUUUUCUGCACGAAAGCCUGCCGUUAUAAAUGUGACGAUCGAUCCGUAUGCUGGGGCAGAAAGUGGUCGGAUGCAACACAAAAAUUGAUCCUUGUAAGUUUGGUUUGUGCUUCACAUUGCAUACGUACAAAAAAACUAAAAUAAAUUAAAUUCAAACAUUGAAGGUACACACCGUAAUCUUCAUAUUGCCAAUAAUUAGAUGUACUUGCGUUGUCGACUUGAACCUAAAAAGUUAGAGCUUAAUAUUUUCUUCCCCAUAUUCAACUUGUAAUGUUCAUGAUAAAUCAAUCAAGUAUAGUUUUUUUGAGACCUA